GGUUGUUGUCCUACACUAAAAGCUUUCCGUGUGAACCAGCAGCUUCGGUGAGGAUUCUCCAGGAUUUAAUUCCUAAUAAAGCGAGAUGCUGCGACGUCCAAAACCGACCGACUCUGAGGCGGACCUCCUGAGGGAGCAGCAGCGCUUCCUGACCUCCGGCGCUCCGGCGGCUGCCUGUAUGGUCCGCCGUCCUGAUAAGAGGAGAGGAGAGGCUGGGGAUGCCGGGAAUGCCGAGGCAGCGCACAGCAGCGAGAAUGAGGGAAACCAGAAGGAUGUGGUCACCAUGGAAGAGCUUCCGGACCAGCUACCCUCUCUAACACCAGCGCCUCCCAAGAAGUCUCGAUUUAAAGCCAGUCGUGUCACUUUUGAGAAUGAAGAUGCUGGGGAGAGGUUGGAUAGACACGAUCCCCACAUCAGUGCUGUUCUCUCCAGGAUUGUCGAGAGAGACACCAGCUGUGCUCCCAUAUCUCUACCAGUGUUUACAGGCCUGGCUUUUCCCAAAGUGCUCCACCGCUCAGAGACCAGCAGUCAGGCCCCAUCUUCAUCGUUCAAAGGGAAGAGGAGCAUCUUUGCUCGUCAGAUUGCAGCGCAGAGACUAAAAGAAGACAAAACGGGGAGACCAUCAUCAGCCGAAGCUCCCCAGACCUCUGAACCCAGAGCACAGAUCCUCUCUUCUGAAGCUGGUCCGAGGUUGGUGUCUGGUGAGGGCCUCCAGGGCCCGGACAGUUCUGGGGAGACCCUGAGGAUCCACAGGGAGAACCAGGCGAAGCUCCAAGCGAUGUCCAAGUCUGAGAUUCUAGACGAGCAGAAGAAACUUGUAUCUCAGCUCGAUCCCAGGCUGGUGGAGUUCAUCCGAUCGCGUAAAGCUCAGAGUGCUCUGUCACCUGCUUCACCGUCUGAACACGCAGCAGCAGAAAAACGCAGCGCAGAAGAUCCUCCUGUUGGAAAGGCAGAAAGCAGAGAGACCCGCAGUGCUGCCGCGACUCCAGAGGAGGUGGAGAUGGAGGAGGAACAGGAGGUGAAACCAGCGCCAUCUUUGACCCAGGAGGAUCUCCCAGUAAAGCCCCAGAAGGAAUGGGUCCACAUGGAUACCUUGGAGCCAGAGAAGCUGGAGUGGAUGAGAGACCUGCCUUCACCCAGAAAGAAAGGAACCAAAAAGGCCAUGCAGGCUCGUUUUGACUUCACCGGGACCCUAAUUCCCCCCUCAGAAGAUCUGCCGACCCACUUAGGUCUGCACCACCAUGGAGAGGAGCCUGAGCGAGCCGGUUACUCCCUGCAGGAACUCUUCCUGCUGUCUCGGAGUCAACUCAUCCAGCAGAGGACUCUGGCUCUCAACACUCUUGCCUGCAUCCUCACAAAAGCUCGAGCUGGAGAAUACCAGUCAGUGCUGAAAGGCAGCGUGACGUCCACUCUGCUCGACGCCGGCAUGCUCUUCCUGCUCCGCUUUGCACUGGACGACAGCGUUGAAGGAGUGAUGUCUGCGGCUGUGCAUGCACUUAAGGGGCUCCUUGUGUGUGAAGAAGAUGAAGAGUGUUUGGACUACACCUUCUCCUGGUUUCGUGGCCUGGCGUCCUUCCCGCUGCUCCCAUCCUCACAGGAGGAGGACGACGAAGAGGAUGAAGGGCUGAACGAAAGCGCGAAGGAGACAGCCAGAGAAAAAGAAGCGAGGAAGAGUGAUUACGACGUUGCCAGGCAGGAUGUUGUUAAGGGCCUGCUGAAGAUGAAGCUCCUCCCCAGGCUGCGCUACGUUCUGGAGGUGGUCCGGCCGUCCCCGCGCGUGGUCCAGGACGUUCUGCACAUCCUGACACGUGUCGCCCGGCACUCCUUAUCGUCCGCCACCCAGGUGUUGGACUGUCCUCGUCUGAUGGAAACUGUGAUGUCUGAGUUUCUUCCCACUUCCUGGACGUCUCCAUCGUCUCUCAGUCCGCCGUCUGUGUAUGGACACCCUCUGGCCAACGCCAUGAAGCUCCUGAGGGUCUUGGCGACCUCUGGGAGACAUGCAUGUGCCAGACUGUUAAACUCACUGGGAGUGCGGGAACGCUUGUCCUGCCUCCUGAGUGCCGAGCCCAACGAGCUGCUGAUGGAGCCCAACGAGGCGCUCAGGAUCUCCACUGAGGCCUACAGGCUGUGGGCCGUAGCAGCCGGCUACGGACAGGCCUGCCAGCUGUACAUAGACCUGUACCCGGCCCUGGUGAGGACGCUGCAGUCUGCCGGCGGCGUUGUGUCAGCACCAGAUUCCCUGCUCUCUCUGCAGCUGCAGCGUCUCUCAGCUCUGCUCUCUCUGCUCACACAAGUCACACACACCGCUGGCUGCCACCAGGAGCUCCAGGCCGGCAUGCUCAGAGCUCAGGGAGAGGAGUGUCCCCCUCCACCGCCUGUGUCCUGGGGUCACGUUGCUGGUCUGCAGCCGCUCUUGUUGGGACAGUUGAAGGGUCUUAUGAAAGGUCUCGAUAAUCCACGUCAGAAAGAAAGCGUCCUGACUCUGAUACCUGCUUAUCUGGUCUACCUGCAAGCGUACUACCAUCAGCUCUCCAGACAGACCUGCUUCAAGCCCGUGGAGACCCUACAGGACCUGGAGCUCCUGACGUCGGAGGCUCUCCUCCCUCUCAUGUGUCACAGUGUCGUUCAAGACCUGAUGAAGAAUCUCAGGUCCUCCUCUGUCGUGUGUCGAGUUCAGUCAAGUCCUCUGGGUCCAGAGGCUACGCCCAGCCUUCCGGGUUUGGCGUGUCCAGGAUGGCGGGAUCGUCCUGGACUGGUUGUUCCCAGCUCUCCCUUUCCUCUCCUGGCAGGACUGGGACUCCUCCUGGAAACCAUCACAGAGGUCCAUAAAGGUCUCAGUAGAAAGUUUGCAGGCCUCCUGCUGUCAGAGCCUGUGAUUGGUUACCUGCACGGCUGCAGCCGCGCCACACCCGCGCUGUCCCACAGCCGUUCUUGGCUCCUCCGCCAUGAACACCACGUCCUCUACCGGCUGCUCCGCCUGGCGCUCAGACUGGUCCCAAUUGAGCCUGAAGUAGCCAAACACGCCUCGCUGUACCACCAGGUGGCGCUGGUGCUUCUUCCCUGGUUACUGCCAGGCAGUGAAUACCUGGCCCAUGAGCUGCUCUCCACGGUCAUCUUCAGCAAAGACUUUAUAUCGGAGGGACACAGCGGUGGGCCAGAGGCUGUGGAGCUCGGGGAGCUGAAGCUUCACGCCCAGCAUCAGACGUCCCCCUCCCUCCAGACCGUCGGGGCUCUCCUGAGGGAAGCCUGCACCCAGCUGCCUUCCAUCCGAGGCUGCUACCUGACUCACCUGGCCCACCUGGAACAGUCUGUGCUCGCAUCCCGAGACGUUCUCCUGGGACGCAACCCAUGGGUCGGUUCCCACCUCCUCCCGGAGCUCGCCGGUCCUGCGCUCCCGUCCGACUGGCCCUUCGUCCCGCUGAUCAGCCUGUACGAGCGGACCGGGGUGUCGGACGGCGGAGGGCUGGCGGUGGAGGAGCUGCCUCAUGGAUCUCUGCAGGCGGUGACCCACUGUCUGCAGUGGUUGCUGCUGCUGGAGGUCUGGAGGGAAGAAGCUCUGAAGGUCAUCCCUCCUGUCGCCAAACUGGCCCGCCUGUCCUGCGUCUUCCUCUGUUCCAGCGAUCUGUUCCUGGAGAGGCCUGUUCAGGCGCUGAUCUGGGGUCUGUUCAGACUGCUCACCAGGGAGUCCAGGUUGGACUCUUUGGACCUGGACGUGCCUCCUCCGGGUCUCGCCUCCUUCCAGGACCUGUACACGGCCCUCCUGGCCCAGUAUGAAGCCGUGUCUUUUGGCGACAGGCUGUUUGGCUGCUGGGUUCUCCUGCCCCUGCAGAGGAGGUACAGCGCCUCCCUGAGGCUGGCUGUGUUCGGAGAACAUGUGGGGAUGCUGAGAUCGCUGGGUGUCACUCUGGAGCAGUUGUCCGUCCCCAUCGAGCGCUUCACCUCGCCGCCUGAAGACUCCCUCCCUCUUCUUCGUCUGUACUUUCGCUCUUUGGUGACGGGAACCCUGAAGUUAUCCUGGUGUCCCGUCCUUUACGUGGUCGCCUCGUCUCACAUCAACUCGUUCAUCUUCUCGCAGGACGCAGCCGCGCAGCAGGUUGAAGCAGCCCGACAGAGUAUGCUGAGGAAAAUCUACUACCUGACUGAUGAGGUGUUGAGGAACCACUUGCUUCUUUUCCGCCUGCCCCGACAGGACCUGCAGCUCGGCUUUGACAUGUAUGAGCAGCUGCCCCCCAUCCGGGCGAAGCGUUUAGAGGCGGUUCUUGGUCUGCAGGAUAACAAAGGAGACUGAGUGGACUAAAACUAGUCCAGUAAGGGGAUUUUGAUACAAAAAAAAAAAUGAGCACGCAGAAGAGACGGGACGAAACUGUAAGCAAGUGGAGUGGUAAGAGAUGCUGAGAGGGAAAGUUGGCAGUGGAAGUCUGUGUGAUGUACUGUCGCUCAGGAAAUGGCACGGUCACAGAGGUUUUUUCUGUGUCGUGUUCCAGCAACCAGAGAAGAGAAAAAUCAAAUCUGAGCUGGGCUCAGCCAGCUGCACAAAUAAUUCAGAGCACUCAAAAGUACAAAAUUCCUUUUCAGUGACAGCCAAAGGUUAAAUACAAUGAAAUUCAGAUGAGACAAAGCUGAAUUCCCGCAGUCCUCGUCUCCGUGUGACUUCAGCUUUUUGCCAAAAUGUUUAUCGAGCUUGAAAAUCAGCCGAGGACAGAGAAGACUGAUGCUCUAAAAGUGCCUCAGAUGUUAUUAUCUGUGAAUAAAAUGUAACUCUCUGAUGAUAA